UGACAUGCGCACAGUAAAGGAAGUACCACAUGGAAAUUGUAAACAAAUCGUGAACAAAUUGAAAAAAGCGAAAGAAUGGAAAAAAUACCAGAAAAGAUCAAUAAAGAGAAAACAAAAAACAAAAAAACAUCACGAUACUUUCAACCACAAGAGGAAGUUUAUAAUAUUGAUGACAAAAGUUUGAAGAAAUUCAAGAGUGGACAUUGGAGAAAGAGACAGGAUGGGAAGACAAGAAAGAAAAAUGAUGAAAGGGCAGUGAAGAGGCUUAGAAAAGUUGAUAAAUUUCAAGGAGAUGCUCCUGUUUCAAAAGAAAAAAUAAAGAAAUACAAAAGAGGAAGUGAUAUGGAAGCGACUCAUGCCAGGACUUAUUUUCACAAGACAGUGUUUGAACAGAAAGAAAAAAAAUUAGAACUUGCUGCCAAACAAGCUGCCAGAUCAGAACUUCUUCUGCAGGAAACCUCAGGAUUUAUUGAUGCAGAAUCAGAUGAAGAAACAACUUACAUCUCUCAACAUGAUAUUGUUAAAGCUGUUGAUAUAAAUAGUGCUUCCAAGUAUUUUGAACUCACCUUAACUGAUUUUGGACCCUAUAAAAUCCAUUAUACAAGAAAUGGACGUUUCCUGCUCAUGGGAGGAGCCAAAGGUCAUGUGGCAGCUAUUGAUUGGCAGACAAAAAAACUUCUCUGUGAAAUGAAUGUUAUGGAAACUGUUCAAGAUAUAAAAUGGUUACAUCAGGAAACCAUGUUUGCUGUGGCACAGAAACAGUGGACAUAUAUAUAUGACAAUCAAGGAAUAGAACUGCACUGUCUGAAGGCUUUAGAUUGUGUUUUAAAUCUGGAAUUUCUUCCUUACCAUUUCCUUCUCGCAUCAUCCAACAGUAAAGGUUAUUUGUCAUGGUUAGAUGUCUCAAUAGGACAGAAGGUAGCAGGACACAGCACAGGAAUGGGACGUCUAGAUAUUAUGUGUCAGAAUCCUUACAAUGCAACCAUUUGUCUUGGACAUAGUGGAGGAACUGUUACAAUGUGGUCUCCAAAUGUCAAAGAACCUUUAAUUAAGAUGUUAUGUCAUGGUGGGGGUGUACGCUCUGUCACUGUUGAUAAGAAGGGCAGAUAUAUGUGUACAUCAGGAAUAGAUAGAACAAUGAAAAUAUGGGACCUACGUACAUACAAGAUGUUGCAGUCAUAUAAAAUAGGAAUGGGGGCAUCACAUCUAGCCUUCAGUCAAAAAAAUUCACUGGCUGUAUCUAAAGGAAAUAUUGUAGAGAUUUACAAGGAUUGUUGUCAGGAAACAGUUACCUCUCCUUUCUUGACACAGAGGCUGCCUUCCUCUGUGUUUGGUCUACAGUUUUGUCCAUUUGAAGAUGUAUUGGGUGUUGGCCACAGCAAUGGAUUUUCUAGUCUUAUUAUACCAGGUUCUGGAGAGCCAAACUUUGAUGCUAUGGAAUCCAAUCCUUACCAGACAAAGAAACAAAGAAGACAAGCUGAAGUCAAAAUGUUACUAGAUAAGGUACCAUAUGAGAUGAUUCAUUUAGAUACGGGUAAGAUAGGCCAGGUUGACCAGAAAACAUUGGAAGAUAAGAUUGAAGAGUCAAAUAAAAUUCUUUUCCUAAAGCCAAAGAAAAUAGAAUAUGAACCCUCAUAUAAAAUGAAAGGAAGAAGUAAAGGAUUGAAGAAAGAACAGAGAAAGAAAGGAGUAAUAGAAGAGCAUAAACGGGAGGAAAUUAAAGAAAUAAUGGACUUAAAACAGAAAGAAAAGGAAAAGAAUAAAAACUCUGUAUUAUCUCGAAAUGUUUUAGACAGAUUUAAAAAGAAAGAAUGAUAUUA